ACCGGCACCCACUUCUCGCUCCGUGCGCACAGCGGCUGUCUGCGCCGUGCAGUGAGUGGAGGAGGGAGAGGAGGAGGAGAAGAAGGAACAGGGGCAGCGGAGGCGCUCGUGCCUCCGCGGGUGCGGGCAGUGCGCGGGCGGGCGCGCAGUCCCCAUGCCAGGCGGGCGCUCGCCGCCCGCAGCCCAGCCCCCGCCUGGGAGAACCCCGGCAGCGCUCCGCCGCUCGGGCACCGCCGGCCCUUGGGAUUAAAGCACUCAGUGCGCCGGGCAGCCGAGGGAGAGGGGCUGCAGGUACCUAUUAUGCCAUUUAUUUGGUGAAGACUGCUCAGCAGUGGUGACCUCUCCCAAUCAACUACUCCAUAAAUUAUUAUCUCUGGACUCCCAGCUGACACCCUGCCGGAGGCAAGAGCUGCAGAGACAACUGGAAUUGUGCCCAUUCUCAUCAAGGUUUUUUCUUACACGGGAGGAAAAAAAAAAAGAUGAAGUUGGGCAAAGUGGAGUUCUGCCAUUUGUUGCAGAUAAUAGCUCUUUUCCUGUGUCUUUCUGGGAUGAAUCAAGCUGAACCCUCGAGGUCCAAGUCAAAGCCCUACUUUCAGUCUGGGAGGACAAGAACCAAACGCAGCUGGGUGUGGAAUCAGUUCUUUGUGCUGGAAGAAUACAUGGGCUCAGACCCACUCUAUGUAGGAAAGCUUCACUCUGAUGUUGAUAAAGGAGAUGGUUCCAUCAAAUACAUCUUGUCAGGCGAAGGGGCAAGUUCCAUUUUUAUUAUUGAUGAGAACACAGGGGAUAUUCACGCUACAAAGAGGCUGGAUCGAGAAGAGCAGGCCUACUACACGCUCCGAGCACAAGCACUAGAUAGGCUGACUAAUAAACCCGUGGAACCAGAAUCUGAGUUCGUCAUUAAGAUUCAGGACAUCAAUGACAAUGAGCCAAAAUUUCUGGAUGGUCCUUACACUGCUGGAGUUCCUGAGAUGUCUCCUGUGGGUACCUCUGUGGUUCAAGUGACAGCCACUGAUGCUGAUGAUCCUACUUAUGGCAAUAGUGCCCGAGUGGUUUACAGCAUAUUACAAGGACAACCUUACUUUUCUGUGGAACCAAAGACAGGUAUUAUCAAAACUGCCCUUCCAAAUAUGGAUAGAGAAGCCAAGGACCAAUAUCUGCUAGUUAUUCAAGCAAAGGACAUGGUUGGGCAAAAUGGUGGUUUAUCAGGAACAACAUCAGUAACUGUCACUCUGACUGAUGUUAAUGACAACCCACCCCGCUUCCCACGACGAUCAUAUCAGUAUAAUGUCCCAGAAUCUUUACCUGUGGCAUCUGUAGUGGCCAGAAUAAAAGCUGCCGAUGCAGAUGUGGGACCCAAUGCUGAAAUGGAGUAUAAGAUUGUAGAUGGUGAUGGUUUGGGAGUAUUCAAAAUUUCUGUAGACAAAGACACCCAGGAGGGAAUCAUCACAAUUCAGAAGGAGUUGGAUUUUGAAGCUAAAACAAGCUAUACCCUGAGGAUAGAAGCAGCCAAUAUACAUGUUGAUCCUCGCUUCCUAAGUCUUGGGCCCUUCAGCGACAUGACAACAGUGAAGAUAAUCGUAGAAGAUGUUGAUGAGCCACCUGUGUUUACGUCACGUUUAUACUCCAUGGUGGUGUCUGAAGCAGCGAAAGUCGGCACUAUCAUUGGAACUGUUGCUGCCCAUGAUCCAGAUGUCUCAAAUAGUCCAGUCAGGUACUCAAUAGAUCGAAACACAGACCUCGAGAGGUAUUUCAAUAUUGAUGCCAACAGUGGAGUCAUUACAACUGCCAAGUCUUUGGACAGGGAAACUAAUGCCGUUCAUAACAUUACAGUCUUGGCAAUGGAGAGUCAGAAUCCAGUACAGAUUGGGAGAGGAUAUGUAGCCAUAACUAUCCUUGACAUCAAUGACAAUGCCCCUGAGUUUGCCAUGGAGUAUGAGACAACUGUCUGUGAAAAUGCUCAACCUGGCCAGAUCAUCCAGAAAAUCAGUGCCAUUGAUAAAGAUGACCCACCAAAUGGUCAUCAGUUCUACUUCAGUUUAACAGCAGAAGCAGCAAAUAACCAUAAUUUUACGCUUCAGGACAACAAAGAUAACACUGCAACUGUAUUAACGAGAAGAAAUGGUUUCCGGAGACAAGAACAGUCUGUUUUCUAUUUACCAAUAUUCAUUGUGGACAGCGGAUCACCUUCACUUAGUAGCACUAAUACUCUCACCAUAAGAGUCUGUGAUUGUGAUGCAGAUGGUAUUGCUCAGACAUGUAAUGCAGAGGCAUACAUCUUGCCUGCAGGACUUAGCACUGGAGCCCUGAUAGCAAUAUUGGCUUGUGUUUUAACACUGCUAGUUCUUGUCUUGCUGAUUGUCACCAUGAGGCGACGGAAAAAAGAACCCCUCAUUUUUGAUGAAGAGAGAGAUAUCAGAGAAAAUAUCGUCAGAUAUGAUGAUGAGGGUGGUGGAGAAGAAGACACUGAGGCUUUUGACAUGGCUGCCUUAAGAAACCUCAACAUCAUCCGAGACACCAAGACCAGGAGGGAUGUGACACCUGAGAUUCAGUUCUUGAGCAGACCGACUUUUAAAAGCAUCCCAGAUAAUGUAAUUUUUAGAGAAUUUAUCUGGGAGAGACUAAAAGAAGCUGACGUGGACCCUUGUGCACCACCCUAUGACUCCCUGCAGACAUAUGCAUUUGAGGGGAAUGGCUCGGUGGCAGAGUCUCUCAGCUCAUUAGAUUCGAUAAGCUCAAACUCUGACCAGAACUAUGAUUACCUCAGUGACUGGGGCCCUCGCUUUAAAAGGCUUGCAGAUAUGUAUGGGAGUGGUCCAGACUGCUUAUACUCAUAGCCUUGGAAUCUUUCUCUGAAAAUGCACUGAGGAAUACUAAAACAAAAUAUCUCAACCUUACAGACAGAAAAAAAGUUGUAAAUACUUCUCCAUUUUUAAUUUUUUAGGUUAUUUUUUUGCCUUGGUGGAGCAUACUUUCAUUAGACUUGUCCUAGAGACUGCACUGACCACAAAGUAUAUGAGCAUUUGAUAUCAUUUUUAAUAAAAUGAAAUGCUCAGACACAUUCAAAUAGAUAGCAACCCUUAGAUACCUGCAGAGGUAACUCACUUUCAAGAAUAUGCUAUGCAUGGUAACCUCAAUGAGUCAAGGCAGAUGCCUUGACAGUAUUGCUAUGUCUAGAACACAAAGUCGAUGGUAUAUGUAUUAAAAGCAUGAAAUUUUUUAAAAAUUACAUAUUCCACUACAUUACAAUAUACAGGAUUUGCAAAUGAAAACUUUCUAAAAAAUUUUCAUUACAAUGUUGUAUACAGAUUCCUAAGAUAAAUGCAGAAAACAGACAUGAAAACAAACAAAAAUUCAGAUCAUUUUUUAUUUGUCCCCGUUUUUUUUCAAAUCAAUUUAGUGGGGAAUCUCUGUAAAUUUUGGGGUAGUUUUAUGAAAAAUAAAAUUGCAAUUUAUUUUAAGAAAUUCUGAAUUUGUCAACAUACUGGCGUAUUUUAUAAGCCACAUAAAAUGAGAAAUAUGGAGGGAUGUCCUUAAGGUUGAAAAGUUUUGUGAUGCUCAUGUAGGUAUAUUUAAGGUGUUGCUAUCUAUUUGUUAUUUUUUAUUAUCUCUUCUGAUUUGUACAGGAGAAUUUAACCUUUUUUAUUAUUAUUUGACGUAAAGCAUUAUAUUUAUUUUGGAGCUCUAAUCUCCACUAAAUCCAGGUCCAUUUUACUGCCUCAGAGUAUUAGACUUGUCAGAACAUGCUGAUUUUUCUCCAGUCUCAGAUAAAUGUAGGAAAUGAAGCAUGGAAAUGGAGAAAUUACAGUAAAGAAAUUGAGCCCACCAUUCAUCUCUCAGAAAGGAGAGCAGCUACAAGGACAUGCAGUUGUUCUUCUGAGCCAUUACAAAGUCUGAGACAUUUAAAUAAAAUAUUUGUAUUUUGCAUUUUUGGAAAGAAGACUACAGAGGUUGCUGGGAGUGGUAUUAAAGCAAGAUUUAAUUUCAAGGUCAAACGUCCUAUAUGCUUCAAAGACUGCUUUUCUCCCUCUCUUUAUCUUUUGCUGAUGAUGAAUCACAGUAAAAGACUUUUAAAUUUCUUUCUUAUGUUAAGUAAUGUAAUACUAUUAACUCCAGAAGCCACCUCUAGAUCUUACUGCACACAUGUAUUUUCCCCAAAAGUGUUGUCUCAGUACACAUAAUUUCUACGCUGUUUCAGGAGUGCCAAAACAGAAGGAUAACUGCUGUUGGUUAAAAUACGGUAUCGUUUUAAGUAGGAUUUCUUAGAAUAAGACAACUUUUUUAUGAUUCUGACUAUUUAUACUUCAUCUUUCAUGAUUUAUUAUUAGAUAAUAAGGCAUAUAUACCAGUAAACUAGUGUUUUUAAGUAUUCUUUCAGAUUGUUUUGUUUUAGGUAAUCUGUAGAUGAAAUCCUAAGUUAGACUCUGCUCCUGCAAAAUCUUUCGCUUAUACCUAACUUGCAAUGAUUUGAUUUGCCAGCAAUUACUGAGAGGUAUUCAGAAUUGUUUGUAGGAUUUUACUUGUGAACAGAAGGUACACCACAGAGAAUGAUGCUCACUCUAAAAGUACUUCUUUCUGAGAGAAAGAUUAUUGUACUAAAAUUCUCAUCUAUGGGUGACACAAGGCUGGGAAAUGGGAAAUCAAGGUUUUGGAAUUUUUGUAUCCCAGCAUUAUCAAUUAAUGUGAAAAUGGCCUUCAGCUUUAUCAGAGAAAAACAAAAUAAUUUUAAUAAUCUGCAACAUAGGUAUUUAAUUUUGAGUUACAUUUUGGUAGACAAUCUUUGAUUCACACAAUUCAGUAGAUUUGCUUCUAGUUGUACUAAAUAUAUAUAUAUAUAUAUAUAUAUAUAUAUACGUAUAUAUAUAUGACAGAUUUUGUAAUGGAACUGAAAGAUAUUGCCCAUGACUUUUCGUCAUACGUGUAAGAUUUUUCAAUAAAAAAUAACAAACCAAAAAAAAGAAAAAAAAAGAAAAAAAAAUGGAGAGUGAUCCAUGUGUUUGUAGUUCAAAGAGAAUGAGAUAUAGUUAAGCAAGCAUUAAAUCAGCAAGUUAUGAAAAGAACAGUUUUAAUUCUUUUUGUUUGUGGGAAGAUAAUUCCUUAAUCUGGAUUGCAAGUCAGCAAUGAUGCUUUUAGCACACAGCACUCAAAGGAGAUUUAUAUCUGGUUUAGAGUAAGCAGCCCAAUUCUCUUGCUUUUCUACUUUAUAUGCCUGGAGGGGGGAAACAAACAAACAAACAAAAACAACAACAAAAAGCAAUGAAAACAAAAAGGUCCUUUGUUACGAAACUAAUUUAUUUUUGUGUAUGUAUGUGCUUUCUGUGGGAAAAAAAUAUGUUUAUGUUUCUGUCUAUUUAACACUAUCCAAACUCAUUAUUAUAUUUGUUUACUGUUGCAGAGUUCUAAAGUAAUCCAACAUUUUAUUUUAUUUUAUUUUACAUUAACUAUGCUUACCUAUUACCAUAUUAUUGCAGUAAGAGAGAAAUUCCACAUAUUUGGUGACAGAUGUUACUAUACUACAUACAUAUGGCAUACAAAACACAUUCACUACAUACUGCUCUCUUUAACUUACCUCAUAUAUGAGUUUUCAUGGGUCAUAUUCUGAUUCAAAUUCUUCUUUUACUGUUAUUUGUGAUAGUGUGAUGUUAUAAAUCAUAUUUUACUGAACAAACAAUGGAAAAUAUAAGAAAUACAUUUUCUAUCCAAGAAUAAUUUCAGAAUUAUUUGAGCUAAUUAAUUAGAAAAACUAUUUUAAAAGAAUUUCCAUUUUAUUUAUUAGCUGAUCUUUCUAAAAAUUCCAGUAUGACCUUCAGGUCACAAUUCUUACUUAGAAAUCCCUCAAACUUUGCAUCAACUCCUAACACACAGUGAAAUGCCAUUGUCUGUUUCCUUCUCCUUUAUAACAACUGAAAGGUCUUUUUUAAAUUGAGAUUUCAAGACCCAUUUAAAAGUUUAUAGCUUUAAGAGAGCUACUAAAAAUAUUACGCUGUUAAGAGUUAAGGCAAGACAGCUUUGACCUGUGUAAAAUCUAUGAAAUUCAAAAGAGCUAAAUUGUUGUAGGCAGUGGCCAUUCUGAUAUUUUUUAUGUAAAAGAAUGAAUUUAUUAAAUUUAGUAUUUACUGUAUUAAGUUAUAUUCCCAUUCAUCUAUAACACAGGUCUUCCUAAGCCUAAUAAUUUCUGGCUGGGCUAGGCUGACAAUCACUAAAGGAUUUGAGAAAUGUCAAGAUAAUUAUAUGAAAAUUCCCAUUCUCCAAAGUAUUCAAAAAUAAUGUAUUAUUGAUUCUUAUUUGCAUGUUGUUCUUUACAUUGUUUUAAAGGUAGAUGUGACUGUCAUUCAUAGGAAUUUCUCUUAAAAUUCAAGAUGUCCUUAUUAUUAUUUUAUCCUAUUAACUCUACAUCAUCAGCAUACAUCAGUAACAAAAUAUUUCCCAUCCUUCUUAUUUUUCUUUUUCUUUCUUCCUCUCCCUUCACUUUCCUUCCCUCUUCUCUCAGUAGUAUUUACACACUUAGCUUAGAUUUUAGAAUUGUUGAGGUUCUUUACUGAGCAAUUUCAGCAUUAGUAAUUAUAAUGUGUUCUUGAGGCAUGGAAGAAGAGGGAAAACUUAUAAACAGUAAAACAUCAUGAAUUCAAAAUGUCUCUAUGUGCACUGACUUUAAUGCAGUAGAUUAACCAUUGCUGUCCCUCAGUGCUCCCUAAUGUAUUCAUAUAUUUUCCUGUCAUCAAGACCAGCUACUCAUUUAUGAACAUGUAUGACAUCUAGCCAGGUAUUAUAGACCAUUUAAGUCUGACAAGAAUGAUCAGUCUGAAUUUUAAUGUCCUCAUGGUAACAUAAUCAUCAAAACAUCCUUUAUUAUUAUCACACUGUCAAAAUUACAUGAAACAUUUACUGAUGCACCUAGAAGCUGUGCGAAAUCCUGAUCAUAUUGAAGUACCAGCAAGAUGACUUCCAAGAGGCAUCAAGAUUUAUACACUGUUAGGAGAGACUGAUAAAUGACCACUGACAGAAUCAAAGCAAGACUGCCAAAUUGGUCAGGGUGCUCUUUCUUUUUGUGCAAUCUCUUACUGUUCUUUCCCUUUUUCGGAGCUGCAAUCCCCUUCUUUUUAUAGUAAUACCUUGGUGGAAUAUUUUUUAAUAGUAUAAGCUAUUUUCUACCAGCUUGGUAUAACCUUCCUGAAGUAAACAGUACCCUUGCUGACAAAGUUCAUUAUCUGAUACCUGUGCACAGCUCUUCCUCCCUAUAAAAAAGGACACAUAGAAUUUCCAUGCUACCAAAAUCAAAUUAUGACACUUCUUUUUAAAAAUGACUUUGUGAUCAUCUGUAGCUUUAUUUAUGUCAACUAUAGAUACAACCAAGAUCUUCCUGUUUCGCAGUCUGUUGCCUUGCUUGUUCUUGAGAUUUUACUAACACAGAAAGGGAAGGUAGAAGAAAAAAAGACAGAAAUUAAGAGCACCUGGUUUUUUUAUUGCUUCAUACAUGACCUAAUUUACCAGAUGCUACUGGAAUAUAAUUUCCUCCAAGGUAAUAAUGUUUCCAUAAAGUGGAAGGAUACCUUCCAAGUACUUGGCCUAGUCUCAUCUUCAUAAAAAAAGAAAUAACUAUUAAGGAGAAAGAUUAAAAAUGUAAGUGGCAAACUUAGUAUGUAGUUUGCUAUUCCUCAAAAGGUUUUUUUCUGUGUUUGUGUGUAAUGAACCCCUGAAUGAAAAUCUCAUAUGACAUCUAAUCUAUUGAUGUGGUUACCAUUUCUAUGUAUGAUAUAUUCUAUGCCUGGAUAUUUGUUCACAUUUUAAUUCCUUUAAAUUUCUAGUAGAUUUUUAUUGUGACAUAUAGAAUACAACUACAGGGAUGAGAAAGUACUGUACAUUUGCUACCAAGGACAAUGUGAAGAUUCAAGCAGUGAAAAAAAUGACUUCUUUUAAGCAGUUUAGUUAAAGAUAAACAUUUUGUGUCCCCAUUCCUCUUCCUUUCUCCUCUUCUGUCCUCUGUCCCCUGAAAGAUAAUGUAUGACACUUAAGCUUUUGCUAAUAUAUCAUUUUCCUGUUUUCUGUACACAUUCAUUAUCUUUGUAGUAGUCACACAUAGAAGGUAAAAGGAGAACAAGCUAGCGUCAAAGUCAAAGCUCAAGAAUUUGGAAAAAGAUUUAAUAGAUUCCUGUUCUUUACUGCUAUAUGACCUUGAAAAAAUUGUUCUACCUUCAAGGUAGAACUAUGAUUUGUCUUUCAUUGUAACUUAUUAAUGAUAGCAAAACAAAAUAAUAUGAAAAAUUGAUACCUAGAAACAGCUGAUCAUGACAAAUAGAUUAAUAUAUUAUGUAUGACAUCAAGAUUCUUUUUUACUGUGGCUUAACACAGGUCAAUAUACUUUAUUAGUACUUUAACAUUAACACAGAACAUAUCGGUUUAUGCACAAAGAAUUUUCAUGAAAUAAUUUCAAAUAACUGCAAUGAAAAUCUAGGGCUAUUUCAACAUUAAAAAUAGUUUCUUGGAAAUAAAAAGAUAUAAAAAAAAAUCAGAUUUUUUGUCUUUAUGGGUAGAUACACGUACAGAGAAGACAGGAUGGAAACCUUUUAGCGUUUAACAUGCUAUAAUGAAUGUUUAUGUAAAUACAACUGAGAACAACUGAAAGCAAGACAGAUACAGAAGAGGCAUCCUUCAGUGACAGACUUUACUCAAGCUCAUCUUGCCAUUUAUCACCAUUUGUUAAAAAUUGCUUUAUUCUGGUGUGGCCUCUGUGUUCUACAAAACCCAAAAAUUCAAAACCUGAAUAGAUUUCUUGUUUUCUGGUUAACUUGCACUAAUGAAGAGAUAGGGGCAGGGAGGGUUCAGAUUGCAUAUUAGGAAAAAACUACUCUCAGAAAGAAUAGUGAGGCAUUAGAACAGGCUGCCCUGGGAGAUGGUGGUGACAUCAUUCUGGAAGUGUUCAAGAAAAGUGUAGUUGUGGUACUGAGAGUUAGUGGGCAUGGUGGAGAUGAGCUGCUGAUUGGACUUGAUGAUAUUGAUGGUCUUCACCAACCUUAGUAAUUCCCACAUGAGCCUAUGAUUCUAUGAUUCUGUUACCAAAGCUGCAGUUGACUGUCAAUCUGUUAUCUGUUAGCAUAAGCCUGAUGAUGUGCAGAAACCGUGCAAAAGGACAAGGUCUUGCUGCCUGAUUCUACAUCCUUUCCUGUAUGCGUCCAUUGUUUACCUCUUUCUCAAGUUAAUUCAGAGAGAAAAGUUUUAUCUAAUUGAAUUAUUUUUGUAUUGUACUCCAUAUACUCUGUUCCAGAAUCCAGACCUUCAAAACAGAAACAUAAUGUUACUACUACAUUUGCUACUGCUAAUAAUAAUAAUGCCAGGGAAAUGAGAUGUUAGUGGACAUUAGUCAGAAAAAGAGGUUCUCUGCCCAGAUUUGUCACAGCUUUGCUCUGGUUGGUUGAUUCAUCCAUCUUCGGCAUCUGUUGCUAUAGAGCUCUGAGGAGGAAAAGAGUGUUUCCCGUAUUUUUG